AUGACAUUUGAUUACUUGGCUAUUGAUAAAUUACAAUUAGAAAUUUAUAAAAAAUAAGGGACAAAUGAAAAACAAAGACAAGCUAAUGUAAUUUUAUCAAUCAUUAAAUAACAUCAUAUGCUUCUUUGUGCACUCCUUAUUGGUUUUGCAUUUGUAAAGAAUCACUUCCUAUAUUUUUGCUAAAGUUCUUCCACAAGCAUUAGCAAUUUAAAUAUUAUUUUACUGAAUAAAUUUAUAGAAUACUUUGUCUACCUAAACAAUAAAAAAAAUAUAAAGAAAGAUUUUUCAUGUUUAUUUGUAAUCUUGAUAAUUUUUGCAGGAGAAAUCAUACCUUAGAUGUUUUGUAUCUGUACCUUAACAAUUAAUUAUUACUGAAAGUUUAACACCAAUAGUUAAAGAUUAAUAAUUCUAUUUUAGCCAAUUAGUUAUCUUUUAGCUAAGAUGUUAGAUGCUUAUUUUGAUGAUCAUGGAUCGACCAGAUUCGACCAGAUUCUAAAAAAAUGAAUUAAAAGCUUUAAUAGAAUUGCAUGAAAUUUAAAAAUAUGCUACAAGAGAUGGUCGUGGUACUUAGGAUUCACUCAAGUAGAAUCUAAUAUGA